AUGCCACUGGACCCGAUUCAGAUCCUCUUUCCGUUCGUGCUCCUCUCCGCGCCCGCACUUUCUCAGUUCACGUCGCAAACAUAUCCGGAUCCCCGGCUCGACCCUUUUUCGUGCCGAUUGGCGCUUCCCUCGCAGGUCUGCGAUCCGUCGGCCAUCGUUUCGGACGAGGAACGGACCCGUCUGGUGCAGAGGGUCAGCCAGUUGCACUCGUUGACCGCAGGCAUUAAGAACACCUCUCCGUCGUGUGCACUCAUGCCGGACAGGAAUUUGGAGGUGAGUUAGACAAAAAUGAUCAACUACAAAAUUAAAGAUCUUGUCUAGUACUGUACUUUCGUAGUUCAUAACUUUUUUAUAGGGCCACUCCCUGGAGUACUGUAGUCCUUGGAAGUUGGGCAAAGUUCUGGACUUCUGAGAGAAGCCUUGAAUUCCAAGAGCUACAGUACUCCAGGGAGUGGUUGUAGGGAAAAAUGUUCAACUACAAAAUUAAAGUGCUUGUCUAGUACUGUAUUUUUGUAAUUGACACCUUUUUUGUACAACCAUUCCAUAGAGUACUAUAGGCUGUGGAAGUUAGAACACAAUUUCAGCGCACUACCCCAGGAACAUAGAAAAAUGGCAGAUUUUCAGAUAAUUGUCGCCAUUAUCGACAAGAUCGGAAGUGUUCCAGGCGUGCCAGUGGAUAUUGAGAAGUUCGCGAACAAUUUGAAAAGAAGAUAUCAGAAUUUCCAGGUUAGUGAACAUCUAGAAACUACACAACGGCACAAAUAAAACCGCAUCGCGAAUACCGUUAAUAUCUCAGCUGCCAAUAAAGAUAGAAGAAAGUGGUCAACUGAUAAAUUGAUUCUUGAAACAUUUUGAACAUUUUAUGUGUUGACGACUUUUCGAUAUCUCUUCCGGCAGCAGAGAUACAUCAUUUUGAAUGUUGCAGGACGUCGGCAUGUGUGACACGACAGUAUUGAUCGUCAAUUCGCGGCAAGACCGUCAAGUGUUCACCGUGGCGGGAAGGGACGCGAAAAUCUCAAAGGACACCCUAAAAUCGGCAUUCGAACGCAACAUUGGCCACUUCAAAACAGGCCGCUACGCGCUGGGACUCGAGGGAAUGAUCGAGGUGAUCGUGGCGGCCUACUCGAAUGCGCACAUUGUCCAGGUGCCGACGCCCGACGCGUUCCGGCCCACAGAGUAUUCGAAAGUACACCAAUCGCCGAUUCUCAAACGAUCCUUCAGGUUCAUGCCGGCUCCGUCUGUGUCGGCCAUCGAGGCCCAACCGUUCCGGGCCGCCGGUCUGCCGAACAGUGUUCAGCCGGCGAAACGGCCAUUCGCAGCCAUUCAGGAGACUGUGGACGAGGAGGACAAGGUGAGGUCGGGGGGAAAGUUAGGCCACCGCUUGGAACCGUCUAGGGACCGUCUAGGGACCGGGCCACAAGGUUGUAGAAACCUAGAAUUUCGAAGAUGGAUCCCAGGCCAAGCCUAAGUCAUCUUUACGGACCCUAGGCCAUCCUUUUGGAUCCUAGACCAUCCUUACGGAUUCUAGGCCAUCCUUACGGAUUCUAGGCCAUCCUUACAGAUCCUAGGCCAUUCUUACGGAUCCUAGACCAUCCUUACGGAUCCUAGACCAUCCUUACGGAUCCUAGGCCAUCCUUACGGAUCCUAGACCAUCUUUACGGAUCCUAGGCCAUCCUUACGGAUCCUAGGCCAUCCUUACAGAUCCUAGACCAUCUUUACGGAUCCUAGGCCAUCCUUACAGAUCCUAGGCCAUCCUUACGGAUCCUAGACCAUCCUUACGGAUCCUAGGCCACCCCAUUGCUCACCUAAGUCCCCAACCCCUCAACUUCCAGGUCUGGGUCUCAAUCCUCCAACAAGCGAUGGCCAGAUGCGGCCAAAACGACGCCGACCUCCCGAAACACGUCAGAGCAGUUGUGGAGGGUAAUUUCCGGCACUUUUUGCACCUUUUCUCUGCAUUUUCGAUUUUCAGAAGCGAUGAACAUCUCGCUCAAGUUGAUCUCCGACCCGCGCUACAACAAAAUCGAGGAGGAGACGGAGCAGAACAAGGAGGUGCUCGGCAGCCGACAAAAGUGAGUCUUUCGUGUAUCAUCCGGUUUUUUGUACCCAAUUUCGCACUCAUCGUAACCCGGGAAACCACGAAAACCGCCCCCGGUUUCUGUGCACUUUUUUGAUGCGUGUGUGUUUGCAGAGCCUGGGACGCCGCCACCGCCGACUUCAUCCGCCCGCUCGCCCAAAAAUACCGGCACACAAUUCAGGCGGGCGGCUCGCACACGUGUCCGGCCACUGCUACCGUAUCCCGGAAACGAAAGCACCUCUAG